AUGGAAGCAGGAAACCACACGGAAGUAUCAGAAUUCCUCCUCCUGGGCCUCUCAGAGGAUCCUGAACUGCAACCCCUUAUCUUUGGAGUGUUGCUGUCCAUGUACCUGGUCACCGUGCUUGGGAACCUCCUCAUCAUCUUGACCAUCAUCUCUGACUCCCACCUCCACACUCCCAUGUAUUUCUUCCUCUCUAACCUGUCCUUUGUCGACAUCUGCUUCACUUCCACCACUGUGCCAAAGAUGCUGGUGAACAUCCAGGCUCAGAGAAAAGACGUCUCCUACAUAGGAUGCUUCACUCAGGUCUAUUUUUUUAUGAUUUUUGCUUUACUGGAAGGCUUCCUCCUGACUGUGAUGGCCUAUGACCGGUUUGUGGCCAUCUGCCACCCACUGCACUACAUGGUCAUCAUGAACCCACGCCUCUGUGGCCUCCUGGUUCUGAUGUGCUGGUUUAUCAUUUUCUGGGUCUCCCUGCUUCAUAUUCUACUGUUGAGGCAGCUGACCUUCUGUAUAGGCACUGAAAUUCCACAUUUCUUCUGUGAACUGGCUGAGGUUCUCAAAUUAGCCUGCUCUGACACCCUCAUCAAUAACAUCGCCAUGUAUGUGGCAACUGUCCUGCUUGGUGUAUUUCCCCUCAUUGGAAUUGUCUUCUCUUACUCUCAAAUUGUCUCCUCUAUAAUGAGAAUUUCCCCUGCAGGAGGAAAAUACAAAGCAUUUUCCACCUGUGGGUCUCACCUCUCUGCGGUUUCCUUGUACUAUGGGACAAGCCUGGGUGUCUACUUCAGUUCUGCUGUGACCCAUUCUUCCCAAAGAAGCUCGAUUGCCUCAGUGAUGUACACUGUGGUCAACCCCAUGCUGAACCCCUUCAUCUACAGCCUGAGGAACAAGGAUGUGAAGGGGGCCCUGGGGAGGCUCCUCAGUCGAGCUGCGCCUUGUCCGUGA